AUGCUUUUCACUCAUGUCUUCUUUCUGAACUAUUCCUUUUACAAUUGUUCAUUAAAAUCUAUCACGUUAGGUCCGAGAGUAGAAAUUAUAGAAACUUGUGCAUUCCAAGAUUCAAAACUUGAGUUUGCUGACCUUUCGAAUACGAAACUCAAAAAAUUCCAAGGAAUUUAUCAUUUUUGCUACACAAAAUUGUUAUCAAUAAGAUUACCAGAUUGCUUAGAACAAUUACCACAUUUCUUCAUAUCCUAUACAAAUAUAACUGAAUUUACAUUUCCAAAAAAUUUAAAGUACAUUGAUGAUGGUGCAUUGUCAUGCAUACCUAAACUUAAUAUUUUGAAAAGUAACUGUCCCGACAUCGUUAUUUAUCGAGGGAUAGCAUAUUCUCGAGAUUUUAAGACAUUAAUUAAAUGUCCCGUUUACAUGAAUGAACCAUUAGCUCCGACUGUUAUCAGUGUUUCUCCAUGUGGAGCUAUGAGCUGCUGUAAGUUUGUUAGUUUCGCUCUUGAAGUUGAAAUCCAAAAAUUUGGAAGUCGAAUGUUUCGUGCAUGUCCAUUUUUAGAGUCUGUUGAUCUAUCUAAAUCUAUUGCUUCAGAAUUGCCAUAUGAAACAUUUUAUGAGUGCAAAAAACUGAUAAAUCUUACUCUUCCAGAUACAUUAAUAUCAUUCGAUUAUUGGAUAUUUGGCGAAGGUAAAAUUACAAAUUUGAAAAUACCUUCAUCGGUUAGAUAUUUAGUUUCGAACUCUUUGGAAUUUUCGGAUAUUGGAUCAAUAGAAUAUUGUGGUCUUUAUCUCUUGAAUGUUGAAGCACCAUCAAAUACUAUUCUUAAAACAAAUAUUAAUUAUUCAUACCCAGAUUUCAUGAAAAGAACUGAUUUCAAAAGAGUUCUUUCCACAUGUCCUCCAGAAAGAACACCUCUUCCAAUAGCAACAUUGAUUCCAAAGAUAUAUCCUAGUUGCAUGCACAGAGAAUAUUCUUUACUUGCUUCAUUACCUUUAUACAUGAUAUCUGUUAUUAUUAUUUCAUAA